AUGAAAGUGGUAGAAGUUAAUGAUUUAGAACAGAGAGAGAGAAAGGUUCCUAAAACCCCUAAAACAUUAAAAGAUUAUGUUACAUACAUGAUAUUCGUGGCACAAAUCUCUAGACCUGAUAUGUUACGAACGAAGUCAGUAUUGUCAGUCGUUUCAAUCAUCAACCGGGACCUGCACAUUGGUAAAGCAAAAAGAAUUAAGCAAGCAAAAGAAGAAGCCGAGAUAGAAAUUGAAAAAUAUCGCGCAGAACGGCAAAAACAUUAUGAAGAAUUUGAAGAGCGGUAUCUUGGUACCACGGAUGAUGUGGCAGCACAAAUCGAAAAAGAUGUCAACAAUUAUCUUGCCGAAAUAGAGAAGAUGAUUGCGAUAAAUAAGGACAAGGUGACAGCACGAAAUCGUAGAUGA